ACUUUCCCUACAACAUGUCAACAAACGAGAAGGGUCAGGAGUUUGAUAUCGUCUUUGCGGGAGGAGGAACUUCCGCCUGCGUCGCCGCAGGUCGUCUCGCAGCGGCGGAUCCCAAUCUCUCCAUCCUCAUCAUUGAACGCGGAAGGAACAAUCUCGACGACCCCACUGUCACUACGCCUGGGAUCUUCUUCGCAAAUCUCGCCCCGGCUUCGCAGAAUACGAUCUUUUACAAGGCCGAAGAAGAAGUCGCACUGAACAGCCGUGCGAGAGUGGUAGCUACAGGCGGGACGCUUGGCGGAGGUAGUAGCAUAAAUGCAAUGAUGUAUACGCGUGCGCAGGGCAUCGACUUUGACAGCUUCGGUAUGGAAGGUUGGGAUCGUGAGAGCUUGAUCCACUAUGCGAAAAAGCUUGAAACUAUCCAUCUCGGAGAAGACUUCGUCCAGCGUUCUAGUUCGGUCCACGGCUUCUCUGGGCCCAUCGGUAUCAGCUUUGGUACUCACGCACCAAAGGCUCCUCAAGAUGACUUCCUAGCCGCUGCUGAGUCACUUGGUUUCCCAGAGAUCAAGGACUUGCAGGACUUUGAUUCUAAUAAUGGCUUCACAAGGAGUGCGAAGUUCAUCGGGCCUGACGGAAUCCGGCAAGGCGCUGCGCUGCGAUACGUCAAGCCCCUUCUAGGCGAUGGAGGGCAUCCCAACCUUCACAUCCUGCCGGAGACAAAGGUCAGGCGCGUACUCUUCGAAGGCAAGCGCGCUGUUGGAGUGGAGUAUGAACCCGAGCCUGCCUUCCUCUUGCAGAGUACGAGUCUCACAAAACGAAUCACGAAAGUCGCGAAGGCGAGAAAGCUCGUCGUAGUUUCAUCUGGUGCUCUAGGGACCCCAUCCAUUCUCGAGCGCUCUGGCAUUGGCAACAAAGACUUGCUUAAGGGCUUCGAUAUCCCUGUCGUCUCAGACCUCCCUGGCGUCGGCGAAAAUUACCAGGACCAUCAAUUCGUGCUUUGCGGAUACAAAACCAACCUCAAACCUGAAGAAACCAUGAACGCCCUUCUCACUGGACGUAAGGACAUCUCACAAGCACUCUCGGAGAAAGACCCCUGCCUGGGCUGGAACGGCCUCGACAUUGGCGGAAAGCUGCGCAUGACAGAGGAAGAAGCCGCAGCGCUAGGCCCGGAGUUCAAAGCCUCAUGGGACAAGAACUUUGCUAAUGAGCCCUCCAAGCCCGUCAUGCUCAUGGGCGUCAUGGCAAUGUACAUGGGUGAUGCCAAGAUGUUGGACGAGCCGGAUAGACAGUACUCGACCAUGGCGUCUUACACUCCUUACCCAUACUCCCGCGGUAGCAUCCACAUUACGUCGUCGGAUGCCCUGAUUCCGCCAAAGCUCAUCACGGGCUUUCUCUCCGACGCAAACGACAUUGACCUAAAGAAGCAGAUUUGGGCGUACAAGAAGGGACGGGAUAUUUACAGACGUACUAAUGCUUUCGCAGGCGAGCUGCCGAUAGCCCAUCCAAAGUUCCGAGAGAGUAGUAUGGCUGCCCUGUCAAAGGGGCCCCUGAAGGAAGGCGGGUUCGGCAGCGCGGAAGAGCGAAUGGCGAUUCCACUAGUGGAGUACGAUGAGGUAGAUGACCGCGCGAUCGAGCAGUUCAUUCGAGAGAACGUGGAGACGACGUGGCAUUCUCUCGGCACGUGCAAGAUGGCGCCACAGGAGAGGGGCGGAGUUGUGGAUAAGGAUUUGAAUGUGUAUGGGACGGAGGGACUGAAGUGUGCUGAUAUGUCCAUCAUCCCGGAGAAUGUGGCGGCUAACACGUGCAACACGGCACUCAUUGUGGGCGAGAAGGCGGCAGAUGUCAUUGCUAAGGAACUUGGUAUCGUUGCGUGAGUUAUAAUUGUAUUAGAGAUGGCCCCCAAGGUCUUUUCUCC